GCCGCCAAAGGAUGCCCACUCCGACGUAGUGUGGGCCUGUAGCGAGACGCCUCACAGCUUACGGCCUCACGGUUCCCGCUCUACGUUGUACGCUAAACUUUUUUCAGCGGAAACGCGGAAACGGAUUACGGAGUUACGGGACGUAAUGCAUUCGCAUUACGAUUUUUGGAUUGACGCCGCAGUUGUUAGUAGUAGAAAUAGUGCUUGUGAAGUGUAUCUUAUUGGAAAAUAUAGUAAACUUGCUUGUAUUGACACUUUUCACGGUUAGUGGUCUUUUGUUAUAGUGCGAAUUGGAACUGUUUGUAUAAAGACAAUUAUAUUAUUAGUGAAAUCAUAAAGACUUUUGUUUUGAAAUGUGCUUAAUUUGUAGUUAAUUGUAACAACGAAGAUGAGGAAGAAAAAUCAGUUUGAAACUUCGGAAAAGCCGAAUAGGAAACGGAAGCCAUUGCGAGAAAGAACAAUGAAGUUAGCAAGAGUCGCAAGAGAAGAAGCAAGGCCGAAGUCAUCACAAAAUAAUACUAUAACUUUUAUCCACGGGACUUGCGAAAAGUCAUCGUGUGGGCAAGAGGCCGCCUGUGUCCUACAUAACACCACAGUAUACUACUGUGUCUGCACCACCAAUGGAUUACCUGCUGUUGAUGGCGCAUGUCCUAGAAGUACAGUACCACUAAUGCCUAAGGCUAUCCACAAUGUGAUCCCGCCGCGGCAGUCCAACGCCACGGAGCCUCGCUAUACGUCCUCCUCGCCCCCGCCGAUACCGAAAACGAGCAGCGAAAUGUUCACGGAACCGACGGCGGGCAGUGAAACAGUGAUAUCCGGCUCCAACCCUUACUCGACGGCGAGCGUGCCGCUGCUCAUAGGCAUGGUGACGGGCUGCGCAGUGUUGCUGCUGCUAGUCGCACUCGUGUUGAUCUACCUCAGAAAACGUAUUUGUAACGUCGAUAGAAAAGUCAAGCCGCGUGUACGGCCAGGAGAACCUCUGCUAGCUGAACGGUAUAUAACGAACCCGCAGUACGGGGUCUGCGGCGCGGGCACGUUGACUCCGAUGGUGGUGCCGGGGACUCCAGCGCCGAUGCCGGCGAAGGCCCACGAGCCCGAAGUCACGCUUCUGGAGAGGAGCGCCCUCACAUUCUUGGAGGAGGUUGGGGAAGGCUGCUUUGGAAAGGUUUACAAAGGUGUUCUCAGGGGAAGGGGCGCGGAAGAAGUUGUUGCUAUCAAAGUGCUAAAAGAAAUAGCAGGCCGCAGUGCUGAACAAGACUUUAUGAGAGAAGUUAACAUCAUGUCAGCAUUUCGACAUCCCAACAUCUUAUCACUUAUUGGAGUUGUUUAUAAAGAUGAUACUAAUGUGAGUCCAUGGAUGGUCUUCGAAUACAUGAAAUGGGGAGACUUAGCAGGUGUCCUGCGAGGUUCACGUGGAGGAAGUCGAGAGCAACCGACACUCGAUGAGUCAGCUUUAUUGCACGUGGCACUUCAAGUGGCACGGGGCAUGCAGUAUCUGGCUUCCAGACGUUUUGUACACAGAGACCUCGCUGCAAGAAACUGUCUAGUCGGAGCCAAUUUGGCAGUGAAAAUUGCGGACUUUGGAAUGUCUCGAGACGUUUACACUUGUGAUUACUACAAGAUGGGCGGUGAACGACCUAUGCCGGUUCGUUGGAUGCCCCCCGAAAGCAUCGUGUACGCUCGAUUCACCCACGAAUCAGAUGUUUGGUCAUACGGAGUAGUCCUUUGGGAAAUAUACAGCAGGGGAAAACAACCGUUCUAUGGCUGUAACAAUUAUGGAGCUACCAAAAAAAUCUUGCGGGGAAUUUUAUUAGUUCCCCCCGAAGACUGUCCACGAUUCGCAUGCGAACUGAUGCGUGCAUGUUGGGCGAUAGAUCCCAGAGACAGGAUAGGAUUUGAUGAAUUAUGUAGUAAAUUAGAGACUGCACAGGCGGAGGGAGGUUCCGGGGCGCAGAUAAGGUUACCGCGACCACCGGCCACGCCUUUAGAUUCAGCUGGCUAUUUGGUUCCAAACACGCCACCGGGAGUUGAUUAUUUGAAACCCCUGCCUGACCAAGAUCCGGAAUCUGAUUUCAGCGAUGAUGAUGACGACGAAGAGUACACCUGACGUCUCGUCCAAGUGCCAUCUUCGCAAUACGUGCCGCGCACUUCGCCCGUAGCUGCUGCUAGCUCGACUGCCCUGACAUUCCCACCGUGGAUGAAUACUGAACGGUUUGAGUGUUGAAAUUGUCGCAGAAUGGUUCAGAAAUUAUAAAAAGAAUGUAUGAGUAAUGUAGACAUAAUACUCAACUACUUAGUGUGAUAUUUUUGUUGUAACAAGACGUGCAUAAUAUUUAUGAGUGUGUAGAGUAGCUAAUAUUCUUUAUGUGUACUGGUUAUGACCAAUAUACCUAUUAGAUAUACAUUUAAACAAUAUUGUGCCAUUUAUAUAAACCAAAUAUACAUGUGAUAAAUCAUAAUAUAGCUAAUAUAAUGCGUUUGUAUAUAUGAUCGGUAUAAAUAAACAAAAGACUAAUUAAAUAACUGCCUCCCAAGGUGUACCUAAUUAUAAUAUGUUUUUAAUAUAUUUUAAUAAUAAAACAAACCUACAUGUGAAUGCAAACGUUUUUAAAAUUAAUAACGAUGUAGAAAAGUCUCGUUAGGAUUUGUUUGUAUAUAUCUAUAUUUAGAAUUUUCGUGUAGGUAUCUACAAUGUAAAGGGUUCCACAGUGGAAGUUCUUACGACAUAAAAAUUCUAAUACAUAAUUAUUAUGAAACUUACAUAUUUUUGUCUAAGAAAAUUAUCUUCAGUGUUUAAAUAUAGGUGUUGUAUACCUCACUUACGAACUAUUUAUGUUUUAAUUGUAUAAAGUACUGUAAAAUAAGUAUGUAGUGUGAAAGAUUUUAUAUUAUAGGAAAAUUUAUCAAACUUUGGUACCUAGUGUGAACAUCGAGUUUUUUACACCUGUCUUUUAAUACAUUUUUGUAGUACUACCUUGUAAGUCUUACCAUGUAACGCUACAUUAGGCUGGAUGAAAUGGUAUCGUAGCACGUGACGUAUAGAUAUUCAUAGACAUAUCUUUGAUUAUAUAUAUGUAUAUAUAAUCAAAGGGACAUAUGCACUAGCGUUCGAAUCCGGUCCGGGGCAUGCCACCUCCAACUUUUCAGUUGUGUGCAUUUUAAGAAAUUAAAUAUGACGUGCGUGCGUGACAGCGUGGUGGACUAAGGCCUCUCAUCCUGAGAGGAGAAUCUUGCUCAACAGUGAGCCGAAUAUGGGUUGUUAAUGAUGAUCAGAUGUAAAUGAUAGUGACCACCGACCGUGACCAACGGUUUACCAUGCUCUCCGAGGCAGGAGGCGGGUCACACACAACUCCGGGCAUACAAUUUUUACUGAACAGAAAAGAAAGAAAAACUCAGUAUCUCGUGCAAUAUAGCCAUAAGAAAUGUUUUUAUAAUAUUCAUCAAAUCAGUUUUUAUUAGUAGGUAGACGCUUUAUAGAUACAUGAGUAUAAUAUAUUUUGUCAAACGAAUCAAUGGCCAAGGCAAAAAACUGCGCACGCCACUGCAAAGAUGUAUUUUUUUUAUUGAGAAAGAAUACAAUAAGGAACUUUUUAAGCUAACAUAUCCUAAUAUCCUCAGAAUACAGAAAAACACCAGAAGGGGUGAUAGCGCAAAGAAGUGAAUCCAUUUAAACUACACAUUUUACGAUUUACUCACUCUGUGUUUGUCGUGUUGAUUGACGUGCUAUACAGGUGACAAAUUUAAUUAAAUUAAGCCGUCUUGUGCUAUUCCUUCGUGUAAAAAUGCCGUUGGUAAAAAAAAAGAAACUGGAUAGGAUCACAUUUCACGUGUAAGUAGCACAAAUAAAUAUUCUUAUGAUAUAAUAAUGAAUAAUUUAAAAUUAUUAUUGUAAAUAUGUAUUUCUUUAGUUUGUUAGUUGAUAAGUUUUAUAAUAACCGUCAUAUUAUAUUUAUUAUUUAUUUAUCCUUGUCUUAAAUUUUUCAAAGUUCAUUUUCUUGCUAACUCUUAGCAAUCACUAGAAAACCGGUCCCACUGUUUUUUUUAUUUACCAUACAAGUUAACAUUUAAUGUGAUGAACUGUACACUUAUUGUUUUGAUUUUAACAUUAUAAAUUUUUACCACAAAAUAGGGAAAAAUUUAACAGCCUCAUGUACUAGCAACAUUACGCGAGUGAGAAGUGCGACGAGUACUGGCUGUUGUGUACAAUUUUUGGACACACUGCGCGCUAUAUAAUGACAUCUAAACGUGGCUUCUGGUGUUUUUCUGUAUUCUGAGCUAAUAUCUAUUUAAAUAAAAUGUAUGAAACUAUCAAUUAAAAUAAUAAUUAUAUGAAUUGAAAAUUAUGAAAUGUUGAUAAGAAAUUUUGUGCUUCAAACGAAAUGGUAACUACAUAAUAUUUUACUCGUAGCUAAUUCAACAUAAUUAUUAAUUUUUGAUUUAUAUUGAUAGUCACUGAUUAGGACAAAGCUUAUAUAUCUACCUACUUAAAUAAAUGGUAAUUUUUUUUAUAAAACAUUUAUAGAAUACUUAUUAUUAAAAUCCAACAGACUCCGUUUUUGAAGACAAACAAGAUUAAAAUGUAUUAAAUUUGUUAUCAAAGUG